CCAAUGUGGUAAUAUUAUUAUAGGAUUUGGUCGAUGGUGGCCUCCCUCGUUCUUGAAUGAAAUGAGCCCCCGUCUACUCAUUCAUAUCUGCUAAGCUAACCAUCACCUGCUGCUCAAUUGCAACUCAUACAGAUUUCUUGAUUCCAAUCAGAUCUGUUUCUGAAUUAUUAUUAGUUUUCAUGAAUUAACGCCAUGAAGAAGAAGCUCGAUACGCGUUUCCCUGCUGCACGGAUCAAAAAGAUAAUGCAAGCUGACGAAGAUGUUGGAAAAAUCGCCAUGGCAGUUCCAGUUUUAGUUUCCAAAGCUUUGGAGUUGUUUUUGCAAGACCUUUGUGAUCGUACUUACGAUAUAACUCUACGCAGAGGCGCAAAGACUGUUAACUCACUGCAUCUAAAACACUGUGUGCAAAGCUACAAUGUAUUUGAUUUUCUGAAGGAAGUUGUGAACAAGGUUCCUGACUAUGGCCAUUCUGAUGCCGGUGUUGAUGACCGUACCAUGAUAAAGAGGAAGAAAGCUGCUGCAGAUGAAAUGAAUGAGAGUGAUGAAGAAUUGAAGAGAAACAGGAUGAACGAAGCAAGGCAAACAAGCAGCAACGGCAGAGGCAGAGGGCGCGGUAGAGGAAGAGGCAGGGGCCGUGGCAGACCGCCAGCAGAAAGAGAGCCACCCCAAACAGAGACCGAACCAGAAACGUGCACAUCGGUUCAGCCGGACAGCAAGCAGGUCCUAAACCCACAAGGGGAGACGGACCACCACCAUUCUGAGUUGACCAAGUCAGCAAAAGGUGAAGCGACUAGCGGUGAUGGUGGUCUGAACAUUGAUCUGAAUGCCGGGAUUGAUGACACCACGGAGAAAACACCGGAUAUCUUGGAUGGAGGAGCCGCAGCUGCAGCCGCCCUACAACCACCAACUCCACCACCACAGGCGGUUCCUGGUAGUGGCGGUUCCUCAUCAGCAAAUCCUGGUGAACUUAAGAAUGAAGAUUAUCUUGGGUUGUCAUUAACAGAAAUGGACAGGAUGGCAAUUGACACUCGCAAUCUGGCGGAAAUUAACUCCAGGUUGGAUGAGGAAGAUGAAGAUUAUGAUGAAGAAUAAUGAUGAACUGCUAGAUUUCUUUGAUGCAAAUAAAAGAUGAACUUAAAGAUGCUCAGUUUGUUUCCGUUUGUUUCUUUUUAAUGUUUUGUACUGUAGCUAUUCACAGUAUAAUUUGAUCGCAUGUCUGUUUAUCUUCUUUGCAAUCGGCAUGAGGAUUUCUAUGAUCAUGUAGUAGGGAUGCUCAAAAAACAUUUGAAAGCGACCCACCUGCCCAAACUGAGGCAAGUCGAUUCGAAUUCGCUUGAAAUUCUAAUAAAGCAAUUUAAGAUUUGGUUCGGUUUA